AUGAACGCCACUACUAACCAAGCUCGGUCGGACAUCAGUCAGCUAUGGAACCUCUCCCCUUCGGUGCGGUUGCCUGUAGCGGAGUGGGAGCGGCCCGGGUGCAUUCUCACUCUCGACUCGCGCUACAACCCCGAGGGGGUUCUGGCUGUGGAGGCGGCUGUAGCGCGGCUCCUGCGGGACCUGGGGGCGGAGGCGACGGGGGUGGUGGGGCCGCCUAAAAAGCCAGUGGAGGCGGCUGUAGCGCGGCUCCUGCGGGACCUGGGGGCGGAGGGGAAGAAGACUUCUGAGUCAACGCGAAAGUCAGCGGAGGCGGAAAGUGCGUAUUACCAUGUGCACAUGGGUGCAUAUGUGCCUAAGGUGGUGGGCGCGGAUGGGAAUGAGGAUCAGCUCAAGAUGCCCAUUUGGGUGGUGGGCGCGGAUGGGAAUGAGGAUCAGCUGAAGAUGCCCAUUUGGGUGGCUCUGGCCGUCAACAUGUGA